UUAUUUAUUUCCAGAAAAUGUCUGAAACCAAUACUAAGAAUCGGAAAAAGUUGAAGAAUUCACAUACUGCUGGAAAAAUAAGUUUUGCUUUAGUCCGCAAUAAUUUGGAGAAAAAAAAGGAAACUUCUGUAUCACUUAAGGAGCUAUUUGUGGUUACAAGAACAAGACACCCCGAACGUUUGUACAAGGACACAAAUGAAGACACCAUUAGUAAAAUUGCUGAAAUGGAGGAAAUUGAAAAACAACAAAGUGUAGAUGGUAGUGAGUCUGUUGAUGCAUUUUCUUCUGUAAUGGGUCCUGAACAUCCAGGACGUCUUAGAUUAUAUGGACGGGGAGUUACAAAGAGUUCUUUGAAAAGGAAAGCAGGCAAUUCUGAACCAGUUUCAACUACCACAAAUGAUGCAGUACAACAAAUGGAAGAAAGGAUACAGAAAAUGGAGGAACAAAUGGAGGAGCAAAAGAGAACCAUUCAACAAGAUGUUACUGCAAAUAUAAUUGCACAACUUCAACGUGCGGGAUUAAUUAAUGCCGACGUACUAGCAGCAUUGUGUGUUCAUUCACCUGGAGAAGCUAAUUUCGGACCAAGAGCUAAUCAACUAAUCUCUCGGCCAUCUACAAGUAGCAAUAAUCGAGGUAGUAGUGAAGGUGAACAAAGGGAUGAAAACAAUGAAGGCACACCUUAGGGGCGAGGCUUAUGUUGAUAUCUUUGACACUAGCAUGUGUUCUAGUAAUCUUUUGU